AUGAACCUAUGGGCGUAUCAUCAGUUCAAGCCGAUUGCGCCUCCCCGCGACCCGGCGCUGACGUCAAAGGAUGUGACCGUCAUCGUACCCAGUCAUAAGCUCCCCCGUCAUUUAGGCUCAACUCUUCAGUCCGUGGUGGACAACAGGCCGCGGCAGUUGAUCCUGGCCACCACCGAAGAAAACAAAGCAGCAGCAGAAAGAAUAGCAAAGCAGUACACGCGGGCUCAGACUGAGCUGCAGGUUGUUGCAGUCAAGAGAGCCAGCAAGAGAAGACAGUUGAUCGAGGGAAUAAAGAAUGUUACCACUGCUGUCACGGUGCUCGCGGACGACGAUGUGAUCUGGGGUCCUAGCCUCCUGCGAUGGAUUCUUGCGCCAUUUAGCCGAGAGCGAAUCGGGGGGGUUGCAACGUGCCAACGACUGAUCCGUGAACCAGGUGGGAGUUGCAUCCAAAAGCUGUGGGGUUUCCUGGGAGCCUUGUAUCUUGAGCGGAGGAACUUUGACUGCACGGCAACGGCCUACAUAGACGGAGGAACAGCGUGUCUCUCCGGAAGGACCGUGGCAUAUCGGACUGAGAUCCUGGCAGACCCAGCAUUGCAGGCGGAAUUCGAGACUGAAACCUGGCGCGGCCAUGAGGUUCGAUCAGAUGACGACAAUUUCCUCACACGAUGGUUGGUCUCGCAUGGCUGGGGAAUGUAUUUCCAAAACCACCAGGAGGCACUUGUCGUUACCACGCUGGAGGAUAACUCGAGGUUCCUGAAGCAGAAACACCCAUACAGCACUUAUGCGGUCUACCUCACCACUCUUUUCCCACCAGUGGCGUGCGUGACGGAUGGGAUGUUGGUCUGGCUAUGUCACAAGGCGACCGAAGCCGACCGUGCGUCGAACCGUCGAUUGCUGACAUUGCUUCUGUUGUGGAUGUUCAUCACCAAAUGUGUCAAGUUCCUAGGCUACUUCCAGCGGAAUCCUGUUGACAUAUUCCUGCUGCCACUGUCCGUGUUGUUUGGUUAUGCGCACGGUGCGAUCAAACUCUACGCCCUCUGUACGCUGCACGUGACCACCUGGGAAGACCGGGCGGAACACCCCGCGCGGACGUCGGGGCGAGAGCUGCGUACAUUCUUCUGGAAGGAGUAUGGCUGGCCAGCGGGCGACAGGAAUCUGCAGCUUCGCCUCGUGGGUGCUGUCCUCUGCCUGCUGGUCCUGCGGGGGCUGAACAUGUUGAUGCCGCUGCAGAUCCGAUGGGCAAUGGACACGUCGAGUGAGCCUCGUGAUAUAACCUUGCAAAUGCUCGCCCUUCUGUUCUCCCAAUUAUUCGAUAUCAAUCAGCUUUUCGUCAGUCUGAGAUCAUCUCUGUUACUUCCUCUGGAGAAAACGUGGUCUCGGAGACUGAGGGAGGAUGCCUUCAGCAAGAUUAUGAAACUCCCAAGCAACCUUCAUGACUCACAGAACCCUGCCAGCUUGUUGGACAUGAUUUCAGAGACACGCAGCUUUGAGAACGUCGUGACGAUGACCCUCUUCGUCUCUAUUCCUACCUUUCUCGACACGCUCCUCGCUCUCGUCUCCAUCUGCUGGCAGCUUGGACCCCGGGAGGCAGUAUCCUUUUCCGCGGUCAUGGCGGGCUACGUGAUGGUGGCGAGGAAGUUGCACUCGCGACGUGGGAAACAAUGGGCUGAAUACUGGAACAGGAUCGCACGGGAGAGAGAGCUCCGCCAAGACGUCAUCUUCAAUCGAUUAAUAUCAGUCCGCUUCAAUCAGGUUGACGGUGAGAUCGCCCACCAUGGGGCUUUAGUCAAUGCAUCUCUGAAUGCCGAACCGGGCUAUUCCUCUCCGUUUGAGACCUUGGUUUUUUUUGCCGCCGGACUGGUCUUAUGCGUUGUAACCACGCGACGUGCUGGUGCGAUGGCCUUGAUGGUAGCGCACCUAGUGCUACUGCGCAGGCCCUUGGAGAUCCUGUUGAGUAUCGUGGAUGGUGUAAAUCAGGAACUUGCGCGUCUGGAACCACUCAUCGCACUCUUCAAUAUGUCGACGGCUGACCAACUGAGAAUCCUACCAGGGAUUGUAUUCGACCGAGUUACCUUUUCUUAUGGCUCAAACAAUAUUCUUAACGAGCUGUCAUUCACGGUGCCAAACGGCAAAACUGUGGCUAUUGUCGGAGCGUCCGGCACUGGAAAAUCAACAAUAUGCGACCUUAUAAGCCGAGACCGGUCUCCCGAUUCUGGUGCUAUUCGAAUUGACGGUAAAGAUCUUUCAGACAUCGAUGGGAACCGCAUCACAUAUGCAUCUCAGAAGCCUGAUUUCCUUCGUCGCAGCAUUCUGGCUAACCUUCAAUAUGGCCAGCCCGGAGAGGAUGAGACGGUUGUGCAAGAGAUCUGUCGUGCGGUGGGCAUUCACGACCGGAUACUUCAAUGCUCUGAAGGGUAUCGCACUCAAUACAAACCUCACCUAUUUUCUGGUGGAGAGCUGCAGAUGUUAAACACCGCGCGUGCGCUUAUCAGGAAAUCUGCACGAAUCGCGCUGUUUGAUGAGCCCACAAAUAACCUGGAUAGUACGUCAUCCACCCGAGUCCUGGAUGCAAUAAAAGAUUAUGGCGUGACACGUACAUGUAUCAUAAUAUCGCACAAGCUCAGGGAUAUCCAACAUAUCGAUCAUAUAUUGGUUCUACAGAAAGGAAAAAUAGCGGAAACAGGGAAUUUCAGCCAGCUAAUAGCCAAACGGGGUAUAUUUUACGAUUUCUAUCUAGCGGGAACUGGGGGCAGUACGAAGGCCAAAUAA